UUGUGUUGUUUACUUUUCUCAUUCUAAAAAACUUUACUAUGGUGAAGUCAUUGUUAUUAUUCGUUCUCAUCUUGUGUACCACUCUUGUUGCAACUCACUCUCGAGUUAUUCAACCAAACGGUGCUAAUAUUGUACAACAAACUUGCAGUAUGACCCCAAAUCCUGCACUAUGCAUUCAAUACCUAAAUACUGACCCAAAAAGCUCCACCUCAGAUGUCAAUGGUUUAGCACAAAUCAUGUUUGAUGUACUAAAGCUUAAAGCAAACAUUGCCAUUGGCAAAAUCAAUCAACUUACUAGAAGUAUUCCUACAAAACAAAAUGAUGCAGUUUUGUCUUGUAUUAUUAGUUACCGUUCAAUUUUGGUUGAUGUUUGGCUAUCAACUCAAGCUUUGCAAGAUGGAAACCCAAAUUUUGCAGUACAUAAUGCAGAAUAUGCUGCUUCUGAUGUCAAUGAUUGUGAGAAUGCCUUCUCUGGAAAAUCACCACUCACAGCUGAAAACAAUGUAGUGCGUGAUGCAUCUGUCAUAACAUCGGCUAUUUGUAAAUUAUUGCUCUAAUUUGUUUAAUCAAAAUAUUUUAAUUAAUUAUUUAUUUUUUAAGAUAUGUUUGAAUUG